AUGUCGCUUAAGGUGAGCGACCCUCGUGUCCUGAAGGCGAGUAUAGUUGUUGAUCUUCUGGUGUGUUGCAACAUCAAACACGACCUCCAGGUAGCAGGAAAGGAUGGGAACGGGCGUAAUCACUUCAUCGUUUGCGCCGAUGAUGAAGUGAAUGAUGGCGACAGAAGUAGAGGCCUAUACACUGUCAAAAGAAACAAAAAAAGACAGAUACUCACAAAGUUACUAGGGAGCCGUGUGUCUGCGGGUACACUCAGAAUGACAGGACAAGCAGACAAAAACAAUGUUGAUGUGUCAUACAGCAUCCAGAUGGCCGGCAGGGACAUUGAUACAGUGGCUGCACAUGACGUGUGGGCAACUAUUGCACUGCCAGAUGAGACAGACACUAUGGAGGGAGGACUUAGAGGACCACUGAAUCGGUCGGCAGUGCCCCCAGCAGCACAUUUCUUAGGAAGAGAAAAGACACCAGACAAAGUAAGAGAUGAAGCAGAGCACAUGAUGUGGAAGCACAAGACGGUUACUGAGCAUUCUGCAUGCAUCAAGGUUAUAUUCCCUCAGUCCCUGUCCAUCCAUCUCCAUUGGCGAUGCAAGGUGUUAUUGAUUCAGAUGCAUGUGGAUGAAAUGACUCAGAGAGAGAGGGAGGAUAAGGAAACUGCAUUCAAAGUCACUCUAGGUGAUAGUAAGGAUAAGACCAACAUGGUAAACUUACUUGUAACAUCAACUCUUACUAUGUCACUUAAACAUACACUUCUCCAACAGUAG